AUGAUUCUUGUUUUCAAUCAUUUCUUGGUGUUGAGUUGCUGCUUUCUGUUUGUAUACACUGCCUUUUGUUUGAGCUCUGAUGGGUUCACUCUGUUAUCUCUCUCUCGCCAUUGGACCUCUGUGCCUUCUUCCAUAAUUUCAGACUGGAAUGCUUCAGACCCAACUCCAUGUUCAUGGUUAGGCGUUGAAUGUGACAAUACUACCCACAGAGUAGUUGCUGUGAACCUCACUGGUUUCGAAAUUUCUGGCAAACUGGGACCAGAAGUUGGGCAGUUAAGUUUCUUGCAAACCAUCGACUUGAGCAAUAAUGGUUUCUUUGGUGAGGUACCAUCACAGUUGGGCAACUCUACUCUGCUUGACUCCCUGGAUUUGUCUGUCAAUGGCUUUACUGGAGAAAUACCUGAAAACUUCAAGCAGCUUUUAGAAUAUGUGUUUUUGAACCAAAUCAAUUUCAGUGGUUCAAUUUCUGGGCACAUCAGUAACUUGAGCAACGUUAUAGAACUGAGGCUAUAUGUUAAUCAGUUAUCUGGUGUCAUUCCCGAGUCCAUAGGCAAUUGCAGCAAAUUGGAAGGCCUUUAUUUGCAUGACAACCAGCUGGUUGGUUCUCUGCCCAAAAGUCUAACCAAUCUUGAAAGCCUUGUUUAUUUAUAUGUUAGUAAUAACAGUAUUGAGGGAAGGAUCCCCUUAGGCUUUGGCAAUCUCAAGAAUUUAAGUAUCCUAGUUUUGUCAUUCAAUGACUAUAUUGGGGGCCUUCCACCAGAUUUGGGCAACUGUAGUAGCUUAACAAAACUUGCCAUUGCGUACAGCAACCUAACAGGUUCUAUCCCAUUUUCCUUUAGCCUACUGCAUAAGCUUAAUUACUUUUUCCUUUCCGGGAAUCGUCUAUCUGGACCCAUUCCCAAACCAAUUGGGAAUUGCAGUAGACUCGAGUAUCUUAAUUUAGAUGGUAAUCAGCUGUUAUCUCUUGGAAAUAAUAGUCUUGAGGGUAGCAUUCCUUUAGGCUUUGGCAAUCUGAAGAAUUUGAGUGUUCUAUAUUUGUAUCACUGUGGUUUUACUGGUGGUCUACCUGAAGAUUUAAGCAACUGUAGUAGCCUAACAAGGAUUUCGAUUGCAAAAAACAACUUAACAGGCAAUAUCCCAUCCUCCUAUGGCCUCCUAAAAAAGCUUUCAAUUCUUGAACUCACUGAAAAUCAAUUAUAUGGAACGAUACCAUCCUCCCUGUUUGCUUUGCCUUCAUUGAAAUAUUUGUUACUUUCAGGGAACCGAUUCAUCGGUCUUCUAAACCAAUUCCAGUCAGAUCCUAAAUUUUUAAAUCUCAGCCUUCCUGAUUUAGCAAGAAAUAAAUUGGCAGGGGAGUUCCCUUCAUGGGUAUGCGAGCUAGAAUUGCUACGGUUUCUCGAUUUUUCUCGUAAUAAUUUAAAGGGAGCCCUUCCUCAAUGUUUGGGAAACUUCAGUAGCAAUCUGUCAUGGUUGCACCUAAGUGGGAACAAUUUUCAAGGUCCUAUCCCUACAAGUUUUUCAGUGGAAUGUAGCUUAAAGUUUAUGAGUUUCAACGGCAAUGCAAUGAACGGAAACAUACCACAAUCCAUAGUCAACUGUGGAAAUUUGGAAUUGGUAGACCUUGGAAACAACAUGAUAGAGGACGCUUUCCCCAAAUUUUCCGAGCGAGUAUUUCAAUAG